AGAAGGAAACUCUUCUCUCCCUUGCUGGCGAUCGAAAGAUAGUAUCAGAGACACACAGUCAAGAUGUCGACUCUUCUACAUAACCACCUUGAGCAGAUUUCCCUUUCUGCCACUUCCAUCGCCGAAUUACCCUUCCCGCCUCCAAAGAUGUUCGCCAAUGCACUCCUGGGGCCUCAUGACAUAACUACCCUUAUCCGGGACACCGAGGCCCAUGAACGUGCUCUUUUCUCUGCUGACCCCUCUACAAACAGCACGAAGCAUCGACGGGCGACCCGGAGAGGCACGAUGUUCCCUACAGAAGGAGAAAAGGAAACAAUGGUUAGCCGAAUCCAUUCCGCAAAAAACCACCGGAAUCAAUCGGCUGUUGCACGGGUGCUGGGAGGUGAUAUGAUGGAGGCAAUCAGAAAAUCUGCGAAUGCGCCUUCGCACCGGACCAACCGGGGAGAGAUGAACAUCGAGAUCCUAUUACGGGGCGCUGAGAUGCUUUGCAAAGUUUAUCCAGUUGCGGGAGCCAAAGAGAAAAUAGCAUCUCUCAGGCAACGCUAUCAAGAAGUAUCCGAAUCGGUAGCCCGUCUAGAAGAGCGUGUUUCCUACCAAACAGAGCAAUUGGAGCAAAUGAAUCUUUCGGGCUCAUAUCGCAGUGACUACUAUGACACUCAACAACCGGAGCCAGUACAGCAGCAUACGGCGGAUAUCACAGAUGAGGAUAUCGAGCGUGAACUUGGGGAGAUCCGGGAGUUGGAACUUCGGAAGCGAACCCUUGAAAAUCGGGUCAGCGGGAUGGAGAGAGAUCUAGGAGGUCUUCUGCGAUAGGGGAAGCCCCCGUGGAUGAAACUGUUCUCAACGGCAUUGAAUAUAUGUCAGUUGGUCGAACCCCUUCGUCUAUCAUUACCGGGGAAAUGAUAGCUAUGCGCACUGGAUUGUUUGACUGUCGGCCACCAGAAUGCCUUCAGCUACCGUUGCGCCAUUAUGGACGCAAAAUCGUCUCGGGCGAAUAUUAUGCCUGUACAGAGAGAACGAACUGAUGUGACCCGUCCUCGGGAUGCUGGAUGCGAUCGAGCGCGACACAAGCCCGUCUAAGCAAGACGAAUAGUUGACGUACAGUGUGUGCUUGGAACGAUCAAUUCCCGGCAUGCGGAGCUUCGUCCCUUGUAAUCCAGCCACUGAAUACGCACAUUCGGCUCAACUAGCUCCAUUUCAGGAAUUUUAUGCCAUUUAUUACAACCCAGACGUUUUCAGUUAAUCGGAACGCAUGAAGCUGCCUUCGUCUGUCGGUUAGUACGGAUUUGCGAUGAGGUGAAACUUUGAGUUUCCAUGAAAAGUAUGGGAUAUUGUUUUCGAGUUCAAUUCCCACGGCUUUGUUCACUACUCAGCUGUUGUCUUGCCUCUCAAUUCUAUGGAUUAGCACAGCUGGCCCUUUUUUUUGUUUUUUUUCCUUUUUUUUUCUCCCUUCCCACCUUCGUUUCCGGUAGAGCACUGAUAGAAUGAAGCAAUUUCCCUAAAGA